AUGAAAGGUUUCAUCAAGGAUGUACACGAAGACUCCCUCACAAUAGUCUUUGAAAACAACUGGCAACCAGAGAGACAGCUGCCGUUCAGUGACGUGAGGUUGCCACCCCCAGCCGAUUACCACAAGGACAUUUGUGAGGGAGAUGAGGUGGAGGUUUACUCCAGAGCCAACGAGCAGGAGCCCUGCGGCUGGUGGUUGGCGAGGGUGAGGAUGAUGAAGGGAGAGGUAAGUCGGGUCCAGGUGUGCAAGCGUCCACUGCGCAUACGUUUGAUCAGAUGUGGGUUACGGGGUCUGCAUUUCAAGGGUUCUGUCUCUCGUUAUUCACUCAGUUGGCCUUUGAAGUUGAGUCCAAAGUGCCCCUCUUCUGAAAACUCCUUUUACAAAGUCCCCAUCGCUGUACCCGAGGAUCUCAGAGACAUCUGUUUGACUGAGAACAUUCACAAAGACUUCAGGAAAGCAAUCGGAGCCAACUGCAUCUUCUACAACACCUUUACAAACCAACUUAUUGUCCUGUCCACAAACGAGUGCACGGUGAAACGAGCAACCCUACUGAGUGACAUGCACUUCCGGAGUAUUCGCACCAAACUCAUGCUGAUGUCCCGUAACGAGGAGGCCACUAAACAUUUAGAGACGAGUAAACAGCUGGCGUCUGCGUAUCAGGAGGAAGUGAGCGUGCGUGAGGAUCUAAUGGGUCUGGCCAUCGGUUCUCACGGUGCCAACAUCCAGCAGGCCCGCAAAGUUCCGGGCAUCACUGCCAUUGAGCUGGAAGAAGAGAGCUGCACAUUCAGGAUCUAUGGAGAGACCCCAGAGGCUGUGAAGCAGGCCAGGACAUAUCUGGAGUUUAAGGAGGAUUCCUUCCCAGUUCCAAGGAACCUUGUAGGCAAAGUCAUUGGCAAAAACGGCAAAAUUAUCCAGGAAAUAGUAGACAAAUCGGGCGUGGUUCGAGUCCGGAUCGAAGGGGACAAUGAUAAAAAGCUGCCCAGGGAGGAGGGAGGCAGGCAGGGGGCUGGCAGAGACAACACUGUCAGCAGCCAAGAGGGAAUGGUUCCCUUUAUUUUUGUUGGAACCAAAGAGAACAUCAGUAACGCCCAGGCCUUGCUCGAAUACCACGUGGCCUACCUUCAGGAGGUGGAGCAGUUGCGUCUUGAGCGCCUACAGAUUGAUGAACAGCUCCGUCAGAUUGGGGUGGGAUACCGCGUACCCCCCAGCCGCUCUGGUUCAGGGGUCGCCGGCGAGCGUGAACGGGGUUACCUCACAGACGAGAGCACCAACUCCCUGCAGACCACACGCACCUAUGGAGGAAGAGGACGUGGACGCAAAUCCAACAAUACAUACUCUGGCUAUGGAACAAACUCUGAAAUGUCAAAUGCAUCAGAGACAGAAGAGAUAGGAGAGCGAGAGCUCAGGCCAAAAGGAGUUGGAGGAGAUGACAGGGGCUCCAGGCGUGGUGGCCGUGGCCGUGGCUCCAGCACUGGCAGGGGCCGGGGAGGACCAGGGCCACGAAACACUAACACUAUCAGCUCAGUGCUCCGAGAUCCAGACAGUAACCCGUACUCUCUGCUGGAGGGAGAAGGUGAAUUAGGCGGUGAUACAGAUGCCAGUGAAAGCAUGGGCGGCACUGACCGUAGGAGACAUUCACGCCGUCGGCGUAACGACCAGGAACCCAGCCUUAUGGAUGCUGCCGCUAAUGAAUCCGACAGUCAGGCAGCCGCCAGUGAGAACGGAUUGGAAGAGGAGGGCAAGCCCCAGCGCCGCAAUAGAAGCCGCCGCCGUCGCAACCGUGGCAAUCGUCCUGGGGGAGGCUCCACCAGCUGCGACAGACAGCCAAGUGAGAGAGUGGGAAGGGGUCGAGAUAGAGGAGCUAAACUGACAGGAAGGGACUACAGAGAGAGAAAUGUCAAGUUGAACAUUUACUACAACUUUUAAGGCUAUUUUCCUCUU